GGUGAGGGCCUCGCCACUCUUCCUGCCGCCCGCAGCGCCUCCAACCACUGUCUCUCUUUCCCUUCGCCAUGACUUCCUACAGCUACCGCCAGUCGUCGGCCACCUCGUCCUUCGGGGGCCUGGGCGGCGGCUCCCUGCGCUUCGGAGCGGGAGGCACCUUCCGCGCGCCCAGCAUCCAUGGGGGCUCGGGCGGCCGCGGCGUGUCCGUGUCCUCCGCUCGCUUCGUGUCCUCGUCCUCCUCCGGGGGCUUGGGCGUCGGCGUCGGCGGCGGCUUCGGUUUGGGCUUUGCGGGCGCGCUGGCCAAGUCCGACGGGCUGCUGGCGGGCAACGAGAAGCUCACCAUGCAGAACCUCAACGAUCGCCUGGCCUCCUACCUGGACAAGGUGCGCGCCCUGGAGGAGGCCAACGGGGACCUGGAGGUGAAGAUCCGCGACUGGUACCAGAAGCAGGGGCCUGGGCCUGCCCGCGACUACAGCCACUACUUCAAGACCAUCGAGGACCUGCGGGACAAGAUUCUUGGUGCCACCGUUGAGAACUCCAAGAUUGUCCUGCAGAUCGACAAUGCCCGCCUGGCUGCAGAUGACUUCCGAACCAAAUUUGAGACAGAACUGGCCCUGCGCCGGAGUGUGGAGGCCGAUAUCAACGGCCUGCGCAGGGUCCUGGACGAGCUGACCCUGGCCAGGACUGACCUGGAGAUGCAGAUUGAAGGCCUAAAGGAGGAGCUGGCCUUUCUGAAGAAGAACCAUGAGGAGGAAAUCAGCGCUCUGAAGGGCCAGGUGGGUGGCCAGGUCAGUGUGGAGGUGGAUUCUGCCCCGGGUGUUGACUUAGCCAAGAUUCUGAGCGACAUGAGAAGCCAAUAUGAAGUCAUGGCUGAGAAGAACCGGAAGGAUGCCGAAGCCUGGUUCGUCAGCCAGUCGGAGGAGCUGAAGCAGGAAGUUGCUGGCCACACAGAGCAGCUGCAGAUUAGCAAGACUGAGGUUACCGACCUGCGGCGCACCCUCCAGGGUCUAGAGAUUGAGCUGCAGUCUCAGCUCAGCAUGAAAGCCGCCCUGGAAGGCACACUGGCAGAAACAGAGGCCCGUUUUGGAGCCCAGCUGGCCCAGAUCCAGGUGCUGAUCAGCAGUAUCGAAGCCCAGCUGAGUGAUGUGCGUGCUGACACCGAGCGGCAGAACCAGGAGUACCAGCAGCUCAUGGACGUCAAGUCGCGGCUGGAGCAGGAGAUCGCCACCUACCGCAGCCUGCUGGAGGGCCAGGACGCCCACUACAGCAACCUGUCCAUCCCCAAGGCCCUCUGAAAUCCAGCAGCCUCCUGGGCUUCCUGCCGCUCUGCAGAGGGAUUCCCCUGGGUGGGGCACUGGAAGUGGGGGGGAACUCUUGCUCUGGGCUCUCUCCUUGACCUGCCAAUAAAACUUUAUGGCUCAAGGGA